CGAGAGGGAAAGAUGGAGGAUAAAGAUCUCCUGUCUGAUCUGCAGGACAUCAGUGACAGUGAGAGGAAGACCAGCACACCUGAGUCAUCAUCACUGGGUUCUGGCUCGGAGGAAGAGGAGGGCGAGGAGAAUGAGGAGGAAUUGUCCAGCAGCCAGAGUGAGGGAGAAGAAGAGGGCGAGUCAGGAUCAGAGUCUGAGGGGCCAGAACACAGCGGAGGUGUCCUGAGCGAUGAAGAGCCGUCAGAGGAGGAGGAGGAGGAGGAGGACCGAGAGAACGGAAACCACAUUCCUCCCAUUCCCGAGUCUCGGUUUGAUCACGACUCUGAGGUGAGCGUUGAGGAAGAGGAGGCCGAGGAAGAAGAGGAAGAGCCGGUCGACGUCACGCCUCAGUCUCCGUCUCACUCAGCCACUCCUGAGGAGAACUACAUCCCCGAGUCUCCUCCCAUCUCUCCUGUGGAGCUGAAGAAGCAGCUGCCCAAAUACCUGCCCGCUUUACAGGGCUGUCGGAGCGUGGAGGAGUUCCAGUGCUUGAACCGCAUCGAGGAGGGCACGUAUGGAGUGGUGUAUCGGGCGAAAGACAAGAAGACGGAUGAGAUCGUGGCCCUGAAGCGGCUGAAGAUGGAGAAGGAGAAGGAGGGCUUCCCCAUCACCUCUCUGCGGGAGAUCAACACCAUCCUGAAGGCCCAGCACCCCAACAUCGUCACCGUCAGGGAGAUCGUCGUCGGCAGUAAUAUGGACAAAAUCUACAUUGUGAUGAAUUAUGUUGAGCAUGACCUGAAGAGUCUCAUGGAGACCAUGAAACAGCCCUUCCUGCCUGGCGAGGUCAAGACCCUGAUGAUCCAGCUGCUCAGGGGCGUUCGGCACCUGCAUGAUAACUGGAUCCUGCACCGCGACCUGAAGACCUCGAACCUGCUGCUCAGCCACAAGGGCAUCCUCAAGAUUGGAGACUUUGGUCUGGCACGAGAGUACGGCUCCCCGCUCAAGCCCUACACACCUGUGGUGGUCACGCUGUGGUACCGGUCACCUGACCUGCUGCUGGGGGCAAAGGAGUACUCCACGGCCGUGGACAUGUGGUCGGUGGGCUGCAUAUUCGGGGAGCUGCUCACACAGAAGCCUCUAUUCCCUGGCAAAUCCGAGAUCGAUCAAAUUAACAAAAUCUUCAAGGACCUGGGCUCCCCCAGUGAGAAGAUCUGGCCGGGAUACAGUGAGCUUCCAGCGGUGAAGAAGAUGACGUUCACAGAGUAUCCCUACAACAACCUGCGCAAGCGCUUCGGUGCGCUGCUGUCCGACCAGGGCUUCGACCUCAUGAACAAGUUUCUGACGUACUGCCCUGCGAAGCGGAUCAGCGCUGACGAGGCGCUCAAACACGAGUACCUGCGCGAGACGCCGCUCCCCAUCGAACCCUCCAUGUUCCCCACCUGGCCGGCCAAGAGCGAGCAGCAGCGCGUGAAGCGAGGGACCAGCCCGCGCGCGCCCGAGGGAGGACAGUUCAGCCAGAUGGGUGAUGAUGAUCUCAAAGACACGGGUUUCCACUUGACCAGUGCGAACCAGGGCGCGUCCAAAGCCGGUCCGGGGUUCAGCCUGAAGUUCUGAGCCGGAUCUGCGUCUGUGCGCUCGCUGGGUUCCUCUGAACGCGUCUGUCAUGACGCUGAGACUCUCUGAGAGCAGUUCACUGAACUCCACCGGCACACACACACACACACACUCUUCUCACCGGCGCCGAGGACCUCCGUGAAGCUCGAGUGCUUCACAUUCCUCAUGCUCCUCUGAAAUAUAAUGCGUUGGUUUGUCUUGCUUGGUUCUUUUGUCCAGCGUUUUCAGACCUCUUAUUUUUCUCUC